UGAUGUCCUCGCAUUGCCCAUUUUUAAGCAAGAAGAGUCAAGCUUACCUCCUGAUAAUGGGAAUGAAAUUCUACCUUUUCAGUAUGUUCUUUGUGCUGCCACCUCUCCAGCAGUGAAGCUCCAUGAUGAGACCCUGACAUAUCUCAAUCAAGGACAGUCUUAUGAAAUCCGAAUGCUAGACAAUAGGAAACUUGGAGAACUUCCUGAAAUUAAUGGCAAGUUGGUGAAGAGUAUAUUCCGUGUAGUAUUCCAUGACAGAAGGCUGCAGUAUACUGAACAUCAGCAGCUGGAGGGCUGGAGGUGGAACCGACCAGGAGAUAGGAUUCUUGACAUAGAUAUCCCAAUGUCUGUGGGUAUAAUUGAUCCCAGGGCCAAUCCCACUCAGCUAAACACAGUGGAGUUCCUGUGGGACCCUGCCAAGAGGACGUCUGUGUUUAUUCAGGUGCACUGCAUUAGCACAGAGUUCACUAUGAGGAAGCAUGGUGGAGAAAAGGGGGUGCCAUUCCGAGUGCAAAUUGAUACUUUCAAGGAGAAUGAGAGUGGGGAGUACACUGAGCACCUGCACUCAGCCAGCUGCCAGAUCAAAGUCUUCAAGCCCAAAGGUGCAGACAGAAAACAAAAAACAGAUAGAGAAAAAAUGGAGAAACGAACACCCCACGAGAAGGAGAAAUAUCAGCCUUCCUAUGAGACAACCAUACUCACAGAGUGUUCUCCAUGGCCCGAGGUCACCUACGUCAACAAUUCCCCCUCUCCUGGCUUCAACAGUUCCCAUAGCAGUUUCUCUCUCGGGGAAGGAAAUGGCUCACCAAAGCACCAGCCAGAGCCUCCCCCUCCAGUAACAGAUAACCUCUUGCCAACAACCACACCUCAGGAAGCACAGCAGUGGUUGCAUCGAAACCGGUUUUCCACAUUCACAAGGCUUUUCACCAACUUCUCAGGGGCAGAUUUAUUAAAGUUAACUAGAGAUGAUGUGAUCCAAAUCUGUGGCCCUGCAGAUGGAAUCAGACUUUUUAAUGCACUGAAAGGCCGGAUGGUGCGUCCAAGGUUAACCAUUUAUGUCUGUCAGGAAUCCUUGCAGUUGAGGGAGCAGCAGCAGCAACAGCAACCACAACAGAAGCAGGAGGAUGGAGAUUCAAAUGGUUCUUUCUUUGUGUACCAUGCUAUCUACCUUGAAGAACUGACAACCGUUGAAUUAACAGAAAAAAUUGCUCAGCUUUUCAGCAUUUCUCCUCGUCAGAUCAGCCAGAUUUACAAGCAGGGGCCAACAGGAAUCCAUGUGCUCAUCAGUGACGAGAUGAUACAGAACUUUCAGGAAGAAGCCUGUUUUAUUCUGGACACAAUGAAAGCAGAAACCAGUGAUGGCUAUCAUAUCAUUCUGAAGUAGGAGCAGGAGCGAGGCUUUCCACAUUCAGUGGCUGCUGCUUCCUUUACCUCUUGAAGGCUGCCCUUUUGAAGGGAGCAUGUGUAGAGACUGAAGAUCUACAGGAACCUGACUCAUCUGACUGUUGAGGGUGGGGAGGUAGGAGGUCCAGACCUGAAGCAGAAUCCCAGUCUCCAGUGUUGACCAAGCUCUAUGGCACCCACAGAUUGCUACCCAAUACAGAGUUCUUCAGCAGUUUUUUUAGUUUCUGGCUCCUGUUGAACUCUACAUCAUUUAGCGUGUAUGGAGGACAUGGUGGUGAUGGGAAUGGGGUGCUGUUUCAUGGAAAGAUGUUCCAUUUUGUGAUGUGGGGCUGUGUAUUUUUUUCUAAUAUGAAAGUGAACAUCUAGGGGCUGGAGAGAUCACUCAGCUUAAGAGCAAUGACUGCUCUUGAAGGGGACCUGGGUUUGAUUCCCAACACCCACUUCGUGGCUAACAACUGCCUGUAAUCAUAGUUCUAGGAGAUCUGAUGCCCUCUUUUGAAAUAAAUAAUGUAGAGAUCCCUAACUACAGGGAUGGCCAUGUAGCUUGUAGGGAGUGAUGCGUUCAGGCCUGUAUUCACCAUCUGAUACCACCAAGUGCUACUGUUGUUGCCUAUUCUACCAUCAUUUCUUACUGGGGCUUUUCUGGGGAAACUGAUGAAUUAUCCACUGAAAGAAAGAAACCAUACCUAAAUAAUGAUGAACAAUACCUACAAAACAAAAAUAUAUCUGCUUCCUAAGUGGAUCACCUACCGCAGUCACAGAAUUGGAGAUGGGGAAGGAUUUUCUGUAACUCCCAAAUUUAUUGUUCUUGAAUGACACUGUCAAGCUGUUCAUUUACAAGCGAGUUGUCCCAACACUACUUUCCCUCUGCACACCUUGUUUUGGCAUAGGGUGUUCUUUUACACAUGAAGUCUUCUUCCACGUAAGCUUUACAAAAGAUAGCCUUCCUUUCCCAGUGUCCUAUCUUUUGUUUUUCCUUGCAAAUGAGUCUGUCUGUGUACAGAUGCAUAACACGUAGCAUCAUGGAUCUUCUUUCUUGUAUAAAGUUUUAUCUAGAUUUUGUUGAGAUGAACAAAGAUAAUGUUAAAAGAUUCUGUAUUAAAUUUGAAUUUAUGUGUGUUCUUGAAGCAUUUGAUAAAGUUUAAAUGUUUGUUACACAGAUUUUUUUUCAUUCAUUAAAAUCAACCUGCAAUGUG